CUCGGUUUCAUCUGGUCCCUUAUUUCCCUCCCAGGGUUCGUCUUUCCCCUUCAUAAAAGAGUUUCGAGAGGGGGAGAGUUUUCUCCUCAGUGGGCAAAAGACAAGUAGGAAGACGAAAAACCGGAGCGAGAGAGGGAGAGUGCGCACCUCGUUUCUGUUCCGAGCGCCAUGCUCCCGUAAGUACUCUAAAAGACCUAUAUCGUCUGGGCGAAGUUAAAGGUGCUGCUUCCAUUCGAAAAAAAAAGAAAGGGUGCUGCUAUAGAAGAAUCGCAGAUGGGGUCUCUGCUUGCCGACUGGCCCUCCUACAAUCCUCACAACUUCAGCCAAAUCCGACCCGCUGAUCCUUCCGCCCAGCCUUCCAAACUCACGCCCAUCACAUAUCAUCCUACGCAUAACAGGACUCUUCCACCACCUAAUCAAGUCAUAUCAACUGAAACCAGACAUAUCCUUUUGAGACGAUUCUAUCAGAAGUCCGUGGAAAAGUUGAGACCAAAAAGAGCUGCCUCUGAUAAUUUGACUCCUGAUCAUGGCUCCAAGCAGCUUAGAGGUGCCUUUGCAGAUGGCUGCAAUUAAGCUUCAUCAGAUGGUCUAGUUUUUUUCCAUAUUCCAGUGUGCCUACUCCUACCUUGCUGUCUUCAUCAUAAGUCUUGCUCUCCAUUCUUUCUUUCUUUCCUUUUUUUUUUGGGAGGUCCGGGGGUAUGUGGCAUGCUUUGCAGGCAUGUGGUGUAUGUGAAUAGUUAUAGUUUCUGAAUGAAUUAAUUGAUGAACAAGGAAGUAGAAUUUCUAUUCGUGAUAUGUUUUA